AUGCUGCCUCGCUAUAUUGCGGGAUAUGUCAGCAACUGGGCCACAGCGAUCGGGGUUCAUGAGAGAAUUGCAGCCAAAAGGGAAGAAAGUACUAAGAGGGGCAAACUGGUAAAGGAGAAGAGAGAAGAAGAGAGAAGAAGAGGUAUGCUGGCGAAGGCAGAAAUCAAGAAAAAUCGAAUGCAGACAGAGGACACUGAUAAGCUAAGUAGUUUAGCCUACGUAGGACUAAAUGGAGGUUCGGAAGGCAAAGAGCUGAGUGGAACGAGCGGGGGCGGAGAAAGUAAGGAAGCUGGAGACCCUACCACGAAGAGUAACUCGACAAUUGUUCCAUGCAAAAACUCAGGAGCGCAAAAAGAAGAACAAGAAGAACUAAAGAGAAAACCUGAAGUGGGAGAAAGAAAUUACCAGCCCAGAGUGAAAAGGAUAAAAGAAAAAGCACAAAAGAGACUAAACCCAUAG